AUGCUGGUAUUUAUGACCUUCUCAUUUUGGCUCUGUUUAGCGAUAACUUUAGGAAUGACAUUCGGUUAUUACCUAUUCAGUGAUCGAUUCCCGGCUAGUACUAAACGAUCUUCAAAUGAAAUUAAAACCUGUUGCGAUUGA